UCUAUAUUCACUAUGGAUAAAAGAAAAUUGAUAUUGAGAAACAGUUUACAUAAAGAUAUACAAUCAAGUAAUCAAUCGUUGGAGAGAAGUGGCUCUAGCAGUAAACAAAUAGAUUCUUACAUGACCAAUGUUGCAACACAGGAAAGGAUUGUUCCUCCAUCCAUUGCCAAACGAAAGAUGAGAAAAGUAUUAAAUUCAAAGCAUUAUCAAAAAAAGGAAGUAAUUGAUUCAAUAGAGGAAUAUAUUAGACAUGAACAAAAUUUUUUGAAUAUGUUAAAUGAUAUGGAAAUAUCUGAUAAUAAUAGUUUCAGUGUUCUAAAUAAAAUAACACUUGCAAGAAUUCUCUUAGAAAUUCCAGAAAUUCAAGCAGAUGUAUAUAAUAUGUUCAUAUCUAAACUUAAUGAAUCUGGAGAUAAUCUAGAUGAGAUACCUUGGGCUGUAUUAUUAUUACAGCAAUUUCGCUUUUUGGAUACUAUAACUGAUAUUGAUAUACUAACUACAAACAUACAACAAUUAUUAGAAACAUGUCCAUCAUGGUUUCAAUGUGAACUUAUUUUAUUCUUGCCUGAUAUUUUGUCAGAUGCUCAGCAUCAGAUUAUAGUUGAAGUUUUAACGAAAAUGUUGGAAGAAAAUUGCGAGUUGAUAAAUGUAAUUUUGAAUUGUAUUGCUAGUUUUAAUCUUGGCAAGGAGUAUUUGGAAGAAUAUCAAAUUAAAAUAUUACACUUGUUAAAAACAAAUAUAAAACUAGAACUUAUACCAAUUAUUAUCAGAUUUCUUUUAAACGAUUAUGUAUGUUCUGAUGUUAUCAAACAAAUGUUGCUCAUAUUGCGUACUGUAGAAAUACAGCCUCUUGCUGGCGAUGACGCUGAAAGCUGUUACAAAAAUCAAGUACGAAUAAUUAAAACAUUAAAGAUAUGUAUGUUAUCAGCUAAAGAUGUGACGGAUACCACAAUAACAGUUAUAAAAAAUAUUAAUAAAAAUCCAAAACCAUUGGAUUUAAUCAUUUUGAUUUUAAUAUAUUCUGGGACAAUGAAGCAAAAAAAUGCAGAAGCUUUGUUGAAACAAAAUAUACGAUGCGGUUUUUACAGGAUAAGUCUGCUUCAUACGCUUUACAAUGAUUAUAAAGAGGUUGUUCGUGAAUUACAGAUACCAAUGUUACAAUUAGCGAGUAAACUAUUAAAUACAAAAUGUAAAGGUGUUAUGGGAGCAGUAAUGGCAAUAAAACAUUUAGCAGGAAAAGCUGAAACAUGCGAUCAAGCUCUGAAGUUAUUUAAUAAGGUAAUGAAAAACGUAAAAAGUUGUUAUAAAUCGCAGUCUUUGUUCUAUGAUCAACUAACACAAGUAAUUGAACAAACUGAACAUAUCAAUAUUGUUUUCAUCGAAAAGAUAAACAGCUACAUUGAAAAUGAGUUUGUUAAUACAUAUAUGACAGAUAAAGUACAAACCAGGGAAGUUCUAGUACCUAAAUUUGGACUAAAUAAUGCAGAAAAUGAGCAAUUUGCACCCCAAAACUGCAUAUUAAAUUUUGGAGAUAAAAGAAAUGGUCCAAUUGCAUCCAUACUAUUUCGACUUCUUAAGACGUGUUGUAUGAGACUUAGUGAACAUGGAGAUUUAGAGGAUAUAGAUGCUCUUUUGGGGUGCGAAAUGUUAAUGCCAGAAAAUUUUGAUGUACCAGAAUGUUCAACAUUAGAUCUUAUUGUAUGUGGUAUUAAUUGGUUUAGAGAAAUAAUUUCAGGCUUUGUCACGCAAACUGAUCCUUUACUGCGAGGACAAGUAUUAAAACGUUUAGAUAUUUUAAUAUAUUUGCAAAGUGAAUUUAAUAUAUUGCUACCAUUAUGUGACAUUAAAUAUCAACCACCACCAUGUUAUUUUCAUUAUUAUCCAUUGCCGCCGUUUGUAAAAAUUGAAAAGAAAAUUAGUAAAAAAGGAAAGAAACCUACAAAAGAAAAGAAAAUAAACACUUUUGUGACGAUGAAGGAUGAAGAGGAGAUAGAUUCUAUAUUGUAUUCUAAAAAUCCAGCAUAUUUCAGAAAAUUUGACGCAAAGAUAGCCUGCCUUUUGGAUAUUAAAAUAGACAUGCAGACAUCGCAAUCUGAGACACAAGGCAUAUCCAUGAAACAAGUAUGUUUUAUUUUAAAAGAACUUUUGGCAAUAUUCGAAAGUGAACCUUCUGAGAACUUUGUGAAAGAUUUAAUAUACUUAUUACCAAAUAUUUGCUCAAAAUUGGACGAUGUUGUCAGCAAAUUAAGACAAGAUGACAAUUAUAAUUUUCGAAAAGGUGCAAAAUUAUUAUUGCACCUCCUCACCAGUAUUUUUAAUUGGAAAGGAUUUUCGAGUGUAACAUACAAUACAUUGUUACGCGAGGGAUUACGUAGUUUAGCUAAACAAGUCAAUGAAGAAAAUACUUCAUUGCGAUCUUGUAAGGAACUUGUUGCAGAAUCAUACAAAUAUUUUGAAUCGUUAACGGAUAUUGCUACCGAAAUAGCAUUAGCUACUGCUCUUGUCAAUAUGUGCCAAUCAUUAAUGAAACAUUCUGAGACUUAUAUCCAAGAACAUAAGAGUAAACAUGCAAAAUUAGCACAUGGAUUUCUUUGCUUGGAAUGGCCCGAAGACAAGCACACUGGUUCUCAAUAUAGAUUAUUUGUUAUUCAGUUAUUAAAUAAUUGGAUAGAUAAUGAACCGUCGCCAUUAGAUACAGUAACAUCAGUUUUAGAAUGGUUACCAGAUGAAGUCAGUAAUUUUGAAAAUAUUCAAAGCUCUUUGACAAGAAUACCUUCUGUGAAAAGAAAUAUUUUUAAUUUGUUAUAUAAAAAAUUAUUUGACGGUUUAAUUAAAGGUAUAAACAUAUCAUUAUUAGCGGUCAACUCAGAUCCAAAAAGAAUAAAGAUAUGGCACAAUAUUACUUUAAAUGUUCAAAAACUUGUGCAAAUUUGUAAAACUUUGAAAACAAAUACUAUCAUACAACUAUUUUUGCGUUACAUGCCAAUGUUAAUAAAACAAUUUCUAAAUAUUGGUAUACCAAUAUUUGAAUAUAAUCUGAAGUAUCAAACAGAUGAUGUAACUAGUAUUUUAAAAAUGAUGCAAAGUGGUACACGAUACUUACAUGCCAUAUGUUGCGACUGCACAGAAAAAAGGAAUUUACUAUUGUUUAAAUAUGUGCCUACAGCAAAAUCUACAUUAGAGAAAUUAGUUUAUAGUGUCAAAGGAAUGUUGGUCCUUAAUGAUAGUGCAGCAGCAUUUUGGAUGGGAAAUCUUGUCAAUAAGAAUUUAGACGGCCAGGAAAUUUUUUCGCAGACAUCAUCAGAGGAAAUUACUUUACCAGACAUGAAUACAAAUUCGGAAGAAUUAAUAAAUGCAUCAUCUGAAAUUUUUGACUCCGAUUUAGACGAAAAUUUAGAAGAAAUAGAAAAUGAUGAUGUUGAUGACUUGUAAUCGUAUGAGAAAGAAUAUAAUAUUCUGUGAUUUAAUUAGAAAUCAG